UACGAUAGUACCAGUCAUUGUUUUUCUUGCUUCUUUCUAUACUUGAUCAACAAAGGGCCAUCGGUAUUUGGCUUCUUCGACAGAUUUGCCCAGCGAAAGCAAGUCUCUGUUCACGACAACAGUCGCGAGAGACGACUUACCUUCCACAAUCCAGACAGAAAGAAGCAUCAAGUUACAAGCCAUUAGCUUCACUCGUCACAUCAAUCCCAACCCAACACACACCAUCAAAAUGCCACCACCCCCAGACUUCAAAGGCGAAUCCGAUAAGGAAAUGGGAGGCCUAAGUAGCGGCAGCACAACAGACAUCGAAGCCAUCCGAGUACCAGGCCACGGGCAAGGAGGACGAUCAGAGAGUGAAGACAGCGAUAUCGAUGGAAUCGAUCAACACCAUGACGAAGAUGAGAAGCACGCAGCCAACCCGAACAGCAACAAUACCGGCGGAGGUCUUUCCCUGGUUAAAACGAUCUCGAGAGUACUGUCAAGGCCAGAAUCGAACUUUGAUCCGGGGCCGCCGCCGGAUGGAGGGGCGAGGGCUUGGUGUACGGUCGCAGCCGCCCACCUAGUAAUAAUGACAACCUGGGGCUUCAUCAACUCCUUCGGCGUUUUCCAGACUUACUACACCUCCACGCUCGGCCCCUCCGUCGCCCCCUCCACCAUCUCCUGGAUCGGCUCCCUGCAAGUCUUUCUGCUUUUCUUCAUCGGCACGUUUACGGGCAGGCUGACAGACGGCGGAUAUUUUCGGCACACCUUCUUGCUAGGCACAGCGUUCCUUGCGCUGGGAAUUUUUAGUACUGCCAACGCCAUGGACGGGGUUGGUGUUGGUGCUGCCGAUGGGGAAGGAGGGGAUGACGGAGCGGGAGGGGUCGUGUGGAAGUUAUUUCUCGCCCAGGGCAUAGCGAUGGGGCUGGGGAAUGGAUGCCUGUUUUGUCCGUGCAUGGCUACGCUGUCUACCUACUUCUCCAAGAAGCGGAGUCUAGCAAUAGGCAUGGCCGCUUGCGGUACCGCGACAGGUGGCCUGGUGUUCCCCAGCAUGAUGCGCAGCUUGCUUCCGCGGGUCGGGUUCGCGUGGACGGUUAGGGCGAUGGGGUUUAUUUGCGUGGGAUGUCUGUUGGGUGCCUUUUGGGUGAUCAAACCGCGGACAAAGCCACGCGGGAUGAAAGGCGCGUUGGUGGAGUGGUCUGCUUUCAAGGAGGGGGAGUAUUCCUUCUUUGUCGGAGGCAGUUUCCUCUGUUUUCUGGGACUGUACUUUGCGUUUUAUUACCUGGCCAGCUUCUCGCGGGAUAUCGUCGGGUUGGAGUACGUGGAUAGUCUGAACAUCCUGCUGGUGUUGAACGGGGUGGGCGUGUUUGGGCGGUUGAUUCCCAACUAUAUCGCUGACAGGGCAGGGCCGAUCAACGUGUUCAUCCCCUUUGCUGGGGCGGGGGGGAUUUGUAUGUUGUGCUGGAUGGCGGUCGAGUCGCAGGCGGGACUGUACGUGUGGGCCGUGUUCUACGGUGCGGCGGCUGGUGGCAUUCAGAGUCUGUUUCCGGCGGGAUUGACGAGUUUGACGACGGAUUUGAGGAAGGCGGGCGUGAGGAUGGGCAUGGUGUUUACGUGUAAUAGCUUUGCGACGCUGGCGGGACCGCCGAUCGCAGGCGCGAUUAUUACGAGCAUGGAUGGGAAGUACUAUGGCGCGCAGGCGUUUGCGGGGUCGACGUUGUUGUGCGGCAUGGGAUUGCUGGUGGCGGCGAGGAUGGUGAAGGCGAGGAAGGAGAGGGUUUGAGCGGGGUUGGGAGGAGUGAUGGGAUGGUGCAAAGCGGCUGGAAAAAGUUGAAUGGAUAUCCGAGUGUAGGUCACGUUAAUGACAAUACAGUGCUUCUGUUACAG